AUGGCCGCGCCGCCGGACCCCGUCUCGCCGGGCAGCGCCGCGCAGACCUGGAAAUUACUGACCGUAGCCCGAAUCAAACCGCUCCAAGAGGGCGCCACGGCGUCCGUCAUCAAGGCCGACGAUUCGAGCGUCGUCGUCCACCGCGAUCCGACGGAGGUCGCUGAUGAUGAUGAGGAGGACGCGCCGGGCGGGACGGCCGCCUUCGCCCUCGACAAGGUCUGCGGCCCCGAGGCGCCGCAAGAAGAAGUCUAUGGGUUGUUGAAACCCGUCGUGACGGGCGCCACCAAAGGCCGCAACGGCUGCGUCUUUGCCUACGGGCAGACCGGCUCUGGGAAGACCCACACGGUCGUGGGCGGCGACUCCUUUCGGGAAAGGGGACUGGUCCCUAGAGCCAUCUCCCAGAUCUUCAGGUAUGCCUCGAAGCGCCAGCCGGCCAAGGUUUCCGUGUCGGCGACGUUCGCGCAGGUCUACGAUGAUGUUUUAUACGACCUCCUGGACCCGCGGAACUCGGGAGAGAAUGUCGACGACUGGGUCAAGGCUCGGGUAUUGGAGGACAACGGUUCAUUGAAAUUUGACGGCUUGGCCGAGUACGAGGCGGCCUCCGAGGCGGACGCUUUAAGGUUGUUAUGGCUCGGCUCCGAGCGGCGGAAGACGGGCCGGACGAAGGCCAACGACCUCUCUUCUAGAUCUCACGCGGUCUUCACGUUGUACGUGUUUGAUGAAGAAGCGCGCACAAGGGCCAAGCUCCACUUGGUCGACCUCGCGGGCUCGGAGCGCUUCUCGUAUCGCACGAAGGACGUGGCGUCCUUCGAGAGCCGGAACAUCAACCUCAGCCUCCACCACCUGGAGCACGUCGUGCGCACGCUCUGCGAGACGUCGCCGGCGCUGUCUCCCAGAAAACAUGUCCCGUACCGCAACUCGGUGCUCACGUCGAUGCUCCGGGACUCGCUCGGCGGGAACUGCCGGACGGCCUUAGUUGCUACAUUAGCGGCGGACGCGGAGCACGCGCGCGAGUCGGCGGCGACCUUGAGGUUCGCGCGGCGCUGCGGCGCCGUCAAGGCCGUGGCCGUGCAGCGGAACCUGGAUUUGGAUCCCGGAGAACAAUUGGUGGCGCGCCUGCGCGAGGAGAACCGCACGCUGCGCGCGGCCCUGCGCGAGGCCGACGGCGCCCUGACCAAGGCCGCCGACGACGCCGACCGCGCUUUAAGAAGGGCGGCCGCCGCCGAGGCGAAGGCGCGCGACCUCCAGCAGGCCCUCGACGGCCCGCGCGGCCACCGCGCCGCGUCGACCUCCGACUCCGACGCGCCGCCGCCGCGCGCGAGCGCGCCGUCUCCGUCCCAACCGCCGCCGAACCCGCGGGACCUCCUGAGCCGCGGCGCCGUCGUCCUCAAGCACGGCCGCACGGGCCUCCAGAGCGUGCAGCCGCGCUUCGCCUGGGUCUCGGCCGAGCGCGUCCUGCGCUGGCGCCGCCUCGGCGACGGCGGCGACGGCGACGGCGACGCGUCCGGGUCCGCGCGGCUGGCCGACUACGCGGACGUCGAGGCGGGAGGCGACGUGCGCCGCAGCCGGCGGUCGUCCAUGGGCGGCGCGCUCGACAGCUGCGCGCUGACGCUGAUCCCGGCCGGCGAGGACCGGCCCCUCACGCUCCAGUUCGACGCGGGCAGCGCGGCCGCGUCGACGGCGCUCCGGGACGACUGGCUCGCGGCGCUCCGGGCCGCCGUGGCCGCGGCCCAGGCCGACGAUGCGGCGUCGGGGACGGUUUGCACACGCGCGCGCACGCUGCGCGCGCGCGCGCUACGCCUACGCUGCGCUACUACUAAUGCCGUUCUGCCUUGCCCCCUCGAUCAUGGUAAGCUUCACCGCGUAGAUCAGCUUGUCGCCCUUAUUUCGCAUCUUGUACACGUUAGCAAAGGCGCCAGUACCGAGGAGCGACUCUUUCUUGCUCGGUUCAUACGUAUAA